UAAGAAGUGGCAAAACUUAGCAGAACACGUUCACCUCCCGAGGCAUUUUCAAUCAGUCCAUUCGUUGAACCUGGGUCUAGUUGUUCAUUACAUGUAACCAAGGUUAUGGUAGACAUACCCACAUUUCAUUUUGGCAUAUGAGCAGUAAUUUGCAUAUCUCGCUGCACAAUCGACUCCUGGCUCAUCAACAAUAUUCCGCUUGUUCGCAUACAUGGAAAACAAUCGUUAGGGAAUGUGCCGACAUACAGGGCUUCUCGUUUGCUUUGCAUGCUUAUUUCUGUCUGCACAUUCUUCGUCAAAUGUUGAGGAACGAAGUAAAAGAGAAGAGGCAUGCAGCACCAACAAGCUUUUUGAAUCUCAUAGCAGCAAUGGUUCUUUAUCAAUGGAAGGGCUUGAUAAAAUCUUAAAAUCAGUCAAAAUCCUUUGUUCAUCUCAUUGGAAAGAAAAAGAAUUAUCUCACAUCCAUGCUGUCCUAGAUGUUACAUCAGAAAAGGAUGAUACUGAAAAUUCAACCUCACAAACAAAAGGAACUACAAAAAAUGCCUGGCUAUAUGCUGGGGUGAGUGUCUUGUUCAUAUCUACUUGUGGUCUGGCAGCUGUGGCAAUCAUCAAAGUUCUCCCUCAGUGGCUGUUCCAGCCUGCUAUCCAAUAUCUAGUCGCUUUGGCAGUUGGCUCAUUAACUGGUGAUGCCAUUCUUCAUCUGAUCCCUCAUGCAUUUACAGCUCACGAAGUUCACCGACACGCUGAAUCUUAUAUUAAUGCAACUUCCCAUGUCCAUGCUGACCAUUCCGAGUCGCACCAGGAACCCCAUGUUGAACAUGGACAUGAUUCGUUGGUUAUUUGGAGAGGAGUUGUUGUCCUUGCGGUGUUGGUUGUCUUUUUUAUCGUUGAGCGUUUAUUAAAUAUUUUUGGCGAAUGGCGACAACGGCUUCAAUCGACCAAACAGGUCGAUAAAGUAGUGCAUUUGCUGUCUGGAUCGAGUAAGAUGGUGGGUGAAAAACUAUGUCGGCACCAUCGGCACAGUCAUCAAGGUCAUAAGAAUCAUCAACAUCAAGAUAGUGCAACGGGCACAAGGGAAGGGGAUCAACAUUUAUUGGAGCCUAGAGCUAGCGAUACAACUCAUGGGGAGCCUGACGCAGACCUCCUAGUCAGCUGCGUCAAGGAAGUCACAUUUCUAAAUAACGGAGAAGAAGAUUGUACCGACAAAGUGGCAGCAGAAGAUUGUUCUCAACAGAAAGACAAGCAAAAUGGCUGCUCCGAAUGGCAAGGCCUUGUGGUUGGUAAACCACUCAUUUAUUGUGCAUCUCAUGAAAUUUGCGAUGGCAGCAAUGCCACCACGUCAGCACCUGAAAAUCAACGAUUGCCGGAAUCCUUUCAAUCCGAGCAUUUAGUAAGCGUCAAGCCUAAAGGAUCUAACGGUUCGCUAGCAGGCCCGGUGGAGGAAAUGUCUAGCAACCGUCAGUCAGAUUCGCUAACUGUUUUCAUUUCUGAACACCAUACAUCACACCAUGGCCAUUCCCACUCUCAUGGGCACAUUCACGCCCGUCCACACGGCGUUGCCUCGCUUGCGUGGCUUGUCCUCGCGGGAGAUGGAAUGCAUAAUUUAUCGGACGGCUUAGCUAUAGGAGCUGCGUUUGCUGCCAGCAUAACUGGUGGUUUUACUACAGCGAUUGCAGUACUGUGUCACGAACUUCCUCAUGAGCUUGGGGAUUUUGCUGUACUCCUGAAAGCUGGAAUGACCAUUAAGCAAGCUAUGAUUUGCAACCUGAUCUCGUCAUUCCUCUGCCUGUUGGGGGUGCUCGUAGGACUAGCUAUCGGAUCUGCGCACAACACCGCUCCUUGGAUAUUUGCCGCUACAGGGGGGAUGUUUCUGUACAUUGCCCUCGUCGAUAUGAUGCCAGAGUUAAAUGGACAUUCUGGGAAACACCGUUCGGCCUUUUUGCAGUUAUUGCUUCAACUAUUCGGUCUAUUAAGUGGAUUUGCCAUUAUGCUUACUAUCGCCCUAUAUGAACAUGAUCUCAGUGAGAUGUUACAAUCGUUUCUUUGAGUGCGCGUGAAACAAGGGUAAGGAACUAAAACCACUUUGCUUGUAACAUAUGCUUUUCCACAUGCCAUAUUUUUUGGUAGCGGACGAAUAGAAAAAAGAGGCUGUACUCAAUUAAUUAUGUUCAUUGUGACGUGUUCUAAUAUGCACAUUAUUUGACAAGGAAA